AUGGGAGAAUCAAACCCAACCACCAACAUCCAUGACGAUUUACUACUCAAAAAUUUCUUCGCCGAAGUCAGCGAAGUUGAAAGAGACAAUGAAGUCCUUAGGAUUCUUGCUUGUUUUAAGUUGAACCCAUUUGAGCAUUUGAACCUAUCAUUCGAUUCAUCAAUUGACGAAGUGAAAAAGCAAUACAGAAAGAUAUCAUUGAUGGUUCAUCCUGACAAAUGUAAACAUCCUCAAGCAAAGGAGGCUUUUGGAGCACUAGCAAAAGCCCAACAAUUAUUACUCGAUGAAAAUGAAAGAGAUUAUCUUCUUAGCCAAGUUAAUUCAGCAAAAGAAGAACUUAGAGUAAAGAGAAAGAAACAUCUGAGGAAGGAUACAGCCUCAAAAAUGAAGUCCUUAGUUGAUGAGGGAAAAUAUGAUAAGCAAUAUGAACAGUCAGAAGAAUUCAAGCAGGAGCUCAAACUCAAAGUCCGUGAACUAUUAACCGAAAAAGAAUGGAGGAGAAGGAAAAUGCAAAUGAGGAUAUCAGAGGAGGAAGGCAGAUUAAAAAAGGAUGAAGAGGAACAGAAGGAAAUGUGGAAAAGAAAGCGUGAACAUGAAGAACAAUGGGAAGGAACAAGAGAAAAGAGGGUAUCUAGCUGGAGAGAUUUUAUGAAGGGCGGAAAGAAGAAUAAAAAAGGAGAAAUUCGCCCCCCUAAGCUCAAGACAGAAGAUCCCAACAAAUCCUACGUUCAGAGGCCUGUAAAAAGAGGAUAG